UGGGAGGUGCCACACAAUUUGAGCUGCUCUAGCAUAAGGGUAACACUGACUCAUAAAUGACAUAUACAUACGUAUCAUAAUACAAAUAACAACAGAGAGUUCAGUUGUUUUUCAUUUGGGGUUAAACGUACAUAACCCCGGAUGCUCUUCCUCUCCAUAAGAGGAGAGUGGGUAUUAAUAUUACUACAUGUCAGGUGUCAGAUAUUAAUAUGAAUGUGUGCAGAGAGCAGCCAGUCGGGGGAGGUGGAGAGGAGGCUGGCAGAGAGCGAGAGAAUCCACACCUCUCAACUCUCUCUUCUUCAGCAGCAACUCCAGCUGGAGACCGAAAAGAGAGAGAUGGCAGAGAGGUUGGUGAAAGAGGUGAGGUCAGAGGUGGCCAUUGGAAUGGAGGAUGUCACUCCAUCUCUACCCUCCUCUCUUCCUGGAGAGGAGAAGACUCUGGUGAACUACGUGAACAUGGCUGUUACCUGGGGCCAGCGACUGGUUCGCAAUCCAAAUAUUGUGCUGACCAGACUGCUGCGAACUACUCCACAGACAAAACUAUUUUUUCUGGCCUACUUCAUUCUCCUACACAUCAUCCUCCUUUUCAUCCUCAUCCUAUAAAACGCAAAGUUCCGGACUCUUUUGUGUAUUUCCGUAAUUUUCUGGGCGUUGUCCCCAAACGUUUUCGUAGUCUUCGUAGUCUCUCCGCUUAUUCCCGCACAUUGGGCGUGGUAAUUUCGGCUCAAUUAGCACGUUUUACGCCUCACGUGGUUAGCCAAGCAGCAAGGAGCUAUAUAGCUAGCUGGAUAGCUAUAUGCAAGGUGUGUGAGUUCUGUUUGAGGGAGAAAAGCAUGGCGCAGCCGGCAUAUCCUUCUCUGGAGCCAGAGGGCGGGAAGAUCGGGUUCGAGGGGCUCGCACCUGAGGGCGAUCAGCGAACAGCUGCAGGCAGUUUCUCGGUGCAGUUCACCCCGAGCGCCGGAGACAAGCAGCAGCUGAACGACGAGACGCAACCUUCGUACAAGACUUUCGAGGCAGGGGGCGAGCCGCCGACCCAGGCCAGCAGCGAGGAGAUCAAUCUCUUGGAGAAAGGGACGACCCAGUCCGAGGCUGAGAAGAAACACAAGGAGCAGACUGUUCGUUUCGACGAUGACAUCCGGAGAAUUGACUUCAUCCUGACCUACACGGACGACAUCUCGGACCCAAAGAAGAAGAAGAAGAAGAAGGGGGGAGAUGUAGAGGACGAGGAGGACGGGGCGGGACCUGUGCAGGACGAUGAUUCCGAACAGAAGAAGGAGAAACGGAGAGCCAAGCGACAGAAGUUCUUGGACUCUUGCGUGGAGCUGGGUCUGCAGUAUGAGAUCCAGGACUGCAAGGAGUCUCCAGAUCACAAGACGUACUUUGUGAAGAUCCACGCAACCUAUCCAGCCCUCCUAAGGGGGGCCGAUGAACUGCUGCUGAGGAUGCCCAUCAGGGAGAACAAUCUGAGGGUCCAGUCGUACAGGGAGAGGUUCUUUGAUUUGAUCAAGCUGCGAGACCCCACCAUCCCAGAGAUCCCCAAACACCUCCAGCUGCAGACCUACUUCACCGCUCCCUUCAAGGAAGACCACAAGGAGAGCUACAUUGGAGUGGAUGACGAGGACAAUUUCUUCACUAAUGCCCAGAGGAGCACCAUCACGUGGCACAUCAUGCAGGAUGCCAAGUACGGCAAAGACGAGGACCAAAUCGGAGUGCUUCGUCUCGUUCAAACCAACUGCUUCGACGGAUACUACCCUCUCCACGAGAGCUCUCCCAAGCCCUCAGACUGAUGAAGGAGUGCAGACCGAUCGUCAGCUGCUGCAGAACCAGUGGUCGCACCCUAGGAACUGGUACAAACAACAACCCCUCAACCAAGUCAGACGCUACUUUGGGGAGAAGGUUGGGAUCUACUUCACGUGGAUUGGAUUCUACACCGCUUGGCUCCUCCCCAUCUCCCUCCUCGGGAUUGUCGUCUUCUUCUAUGGCCUCUCCACCAUCCCCUCCAGCAGAAAUGCCGUCGCUUACGACACGUGUGAGACGGCCCGGAGCUUCUUCUACAUGUGCCCUGUCUGCGAUGAAAAGUGUGACUUCUGGUACCUUGGAGACACCUGCAACUUUUCUCACGUGAACCAGCUGUUUGACAAUGGAGGAACAGUGUUUUUUGCUCUCAUUAUGUCUUUUUGGGCUGUUCUGUUCCUGGAGUUCUGGAAGCGUCGUCAAUUCUAUCUCCAAUAUGAUUGGGACAUGCUGGGAUACGAGAGUGCGGAGGAGCGAGCGAGGCCGGAAUUUGAACAGCGGAUCAAGCGCUACAUCCGAGACUGCAAGACUGAGAAUGCCCGUGAGAAGUUCUUUGUCUACAACCCAGUCCUGGAGAGGAAAGAGUACGUUCAGCCGGCUCACUGGUUCUGGCCGAAAGUCCUCGCCACCUUUUCCAUCCUCAUCUCCAUGGUUGCGGUGGUCAUUGCUAUAGUGUUCUCAGUCCUCCUGUAUCGUCUGGCUAUUGCUGGUCUCCUGUACCGGGCUGUCUCAGGGAUAUCUGGAGGUCCCAGUAUCGGGGAUAUUGCCGUCUCUAUCACGGGGGCCGUGAUACAGCUGGUGGCCAUCAUCGUCAUGAACAAAGUAUACGAGUAUCUCGCAUACGAACUCACCAACUGGGAGUUGCACAGGACGCAGAGCGAAUAUGACGACAGUUUCAUCACAAAGAUGUACCUCUUCCAGUUUGUCAACUUCUACUCCUCCCUCUUCUACGUUGCCUUCUUCAAGGGAAAUCUGACAGGAUUCCCAGGAGGGUUCAACCGAAUCGGAGGUCUUCGACUGGACGAGUGCUCCACCUACGGCUGUAUGCUGGAGCUGACCAUCCAACUGGGCAUCAUCUUUGUCGGCAAACAGAUCCUCAACAACGCCACCGAGCUUGGAGUCCCGUACCUGAUGAGGCUGAUCAAGAUCAUCCGCCACAAGGAGGAACAGGAGGAGGACGUGUACACGAGGUGGGAGAAGGACUAUGACCUCGUCCCUCAGAGUGUCCACGGGCUCUUCUACGAGUACCUGGAGCUGGUCAUCCAGUACGGGUUUGUGACAGUCUUUGUCGCUGCCUUCCCACUGGCCCCUCUGUUUGCUCUGCUCAACAACUGGAUCGAGAUCAGACUAGACGCACACAAAUACGUCAAUGUCCUCCGUCGCCCCAUCUCGGAACGUUCCCAGGAUAUAGGUGCCUGGUAUGCUAUUCUCUCAGUUGUGUCUAACGUAGCGGUUCUAACUAAUGCCCUCCUCAUUGCAAUCACCUCCAACUUUGUCGGUUUCGAAGUCUACACCCGUGGGGGCUACGACGAGAUGUACGACGGUAGGGAGGACGUGUUUCCGUUCCAGCCAAUUGUCCCAAUCGGUGAAGAAGCCGCAGACCAGGGGUUGUCGGGCUACGCCAACUGGUCCAGUACAUCUUUCUUGGUCAGCACUCUCGUGGACGGAGAGGCUUUCCCUGCCUUCACCGCACAGAGUCUGGAGUUUUUGAGUGACGACGGCGAACCGGUAGAAAUAGUGAACGGUACGAGUGACGUUGUCCCACUGUAUCUUCCGUUCAUUGACAUGGACUGCAUCGAAGACAUGGACCUGGACCGGAACUGGAACCGCUCCUGUGUAGACGGGAACACUGUGAAAGUGAGGGUCGUUCACUACAACGAAACAGAAGACGAUAUACAGUCGGCCUUCACGGAGAAUGGCUACAGGAGAUUUUACGAGCGCCAGGAGUGUCGGAGAAUGGUUGUUAAUACGACCAGUGAUAACGCGUCUCCCGAUAGAGGGGGACUAGGUGACUGCUUUAAUCCUAACUCCACUUGCCGGUUAGUGGGAUCGUGGAAGAAGGGAGGCAAUCUCAUACUGGCAUACCUGACUUAUCCCUUGCCUCAUUAUCUUCUUUGAGAACUUAAUUUCAUUACUCUGGCUUCAUGGCAUGGGCCGUUCCCAGACGUCCCGCAGAGAGUAAAGAAUGAGAACGAAAGAGAGCUGCUAGCUGCUAGCGUUUGAGGCCAUCCACCGCCCGCCAAAGAUGCCGGGAAAGAUCUCGGUAUCAUCAGGAGUCGCAUCCCCAACAUACGCCGGUAGCUGACCCCUGUCAUAGACUCGAAGAAUGACUGUUAUGCUUCUACGUCUACAUAACUGUAGUAGUACAGAUUGAAGACAUAAUCGCUACAGCUACGCUUGUUAUCAGGUUUUCUUUGAACUGGCUAAUUAUAGGAGUCCCCCCUGCUAUGCACGAACUGUAGUUUAGCUCUAUGUAGAUUACAUAGUGUGGAUGUAUGGAAUGCAUUUUAUUAGAAUUUUUUUUAAUUUUAUUGCGUACGAUUUAUUGGAGGUUCAGUCAGCAAUGUUACAUACUUCCAGAGAGCUAUGGGGCGAGUAGGAAUGAUACAGCGAAGAUAGUGUUGCUCCUUCACAUAUGAACUCCUGCAGC